CCAUUGUCCUCUCCCAUACCAUGCUCCGCCUCCUUCUUGGCAACAGUCAUAAUGCUAUUGGGAGAACACCCCGCAGGGCUGUGGCCAACAUCACAGAACGCAUCAAGCGGGAUGAGCGGAGACAACGGCAGAGAGCUCAGCAGGAAGAGGGCGCUGCUCAGGUCUCACAAGUUAAAGGUCAGCACUGGAAAGAGAAAGAAGUGACCAAGUAUGAAAUCUCCACCGUGCCAGGGGACAAGAAAGAUACAACAUGUCCGCUGCCCUCCUCCUACAGCCCACACUAUGUAGAAGCUGCCUGGUAUGCUUGGUGGGUGAAGGAAGGUUUCUUUAAACCAGAGUACCAGAGUCGUCUCCCUCAGUCAACUCCAGAGGUCUUCUCUCUCUGCAUUCCUCCACCAAAUGUCACUGGUUCUCUUCACCUUGGACAUGCUCUUACUGUGGCUAUUGAGGACUCUCUCGUUCGCUGGAGGAGGAUGCUGGGUCAAAAAGUUCUCUGGGUCCCCGGGUCUGAUCAUGCUGGAAUCGCAACACAGGCCGUGGUGGAGAAGAAAUUAUUUAAAGAACAAGGACUUUCCCGCCACGAUUUGGGCCGAGAAGUAUUCCUAAAGACCGUCUGGAAGUGGAAGGAAGAGAAGGGGGACAGAAUUUAUCAUCAGCUCAAAUCUCUUGGCGCCUCGCUUGACUGGGACCGAGCCUGCUUCACUAUGGAUGAGGGUUUCUCCCGGGCCGUGUCUGAAGCAUUUAUUCACCUCUAUGAGGAUGGCUUAGUCUCUCGUCGACGUCGGCUGGUUAACUGGUCCUGUGCCUUGCGCUCAGCUAUAUCUGACAUUGAGGUAGAGAACAGACAGCUGACCAGUAAAACAUAUCUUACUGUGCCGGGAUAUCAGAAGAAAGUUCCGUUUGGUCUUUUGUUCAGGUUUGCUUAUCCCACAGAAGGUGCAGAUGAUGAAAUCACGGUGGCCACCACACGUCCGGAGACCAUGCUAGGUGACACUGCUGUGGCCGUCCAUCCAGAGGACCAAAGAUACCAGAAAUUCCAUGGAAAGAAUCUUUUUCAUCCCUUCACUGGACGUUUAAUCCCUGUUGUCACCCACAGCCUGGUCAACCCUGAGUUUGGCACAGGAGCUGUAAAGGUCACCCCUGCCCACAGCCUGGUGGAUUUUGAGAUGGCGAAAGAUCUGGCAUUGCCUUUAGUUUCUGUGAUUGGGGAAGAUGGGACAAUGACCCAGGCCGGCGGAGAGUGGAUCCAGGGUGUGAAGAGAUUUGAUGCUCGAGAGAAGCUUGUGGCUGCACUAAAGGAGAAGGGGCUAUAUAGAGGGGACAGCGAACACUCCAUGGUACUUCCUGUCUGCAGCCGCUCUGGCGAUGUGAUUGAACAUUUAUUGAAGAACCAGUGGUUUGUGAACUGUGAGAAGAUGGCUCAAAGGGCUGUACAGGCUGUGGACUCAGGACUGUUAAAAAUCACUCCAUCCUAUCACCAGAAGAACUGGAGGAAUUGGCUCUCAAAUAUAAGUGACUGGUGUGUGUCCCGGCAGCUAUGGUGGGGACAUCAGAUUCCUGCUUACCUUGUGACUCUUCCAGAUAUGCAGAUCACUGAUAAGAAUGAAGGAUUCUGGGUAGUUGCUCACACUGAGGAGGAAGCCAGGGAAAAGGCCGCUAAAGCAUUGGGAAAGUCGGAGAGUGAGCUCAGCGUGAAGAGAGAUGAAGAUGUUCUGGAUACUUGGUUUUCAUCUGCUCUCUUCCCAUUUGCCAUGCUGGGAUGGCCAGAAAAUACUCGAGACCUGACGGAAUUUUAUCCCAACUCUCUGCUGGAGACGGGCAGCGAUCUGCUUUUCUUCUGGGUGGCCCGAAUGGUGAUGUUAGGAGAGCAGCUCACAGGGCAGUUACCAUUUAAAGAGGUAUUUCUGCAUUCGAUGGUCCGAGAUGCCCAUGGGAGGAAGAUGAGCAAAUCUCUGGGAAAUGUUCUCGAUCCUCUGGAUGUGAUGACUGGAAUAAGUCUAGAGUGUUUGAAGGAGAAGCUAAAGGAAGGGAACUUGGAUCCGCGGGAGUUUAAAGUGGCAGAAGCUGGACUGUUAAAAGAUUACCCAAAUGGGAUCCCUGAGUGUGGUACGGAUGCCCUUCGAUUCGCUCUCUGCUCUCAUAGAGUACAAGGAGACGAUAUUAAUCUGGACGUUGCCUCUGUACUCGCCGUCCGCCAUUUUUGCAAUAAAAUCUGGAACGGAGUGAAAUUCACACUAACGGCUUUGGGCGACAAUUUUACUCCACUGCCAAUGGAUCAGCUCAGACCUCAGGCCCCCAUUGACCGAUGGCUUCUGGAUCGUCUGCGGCACACAACGGAGGAGUGUGAGAGUAAAUUCCAGGCCUUCGAGAUUCAUGGAGCUGCUGGGGCCAUUCAUUCAUUCUGGUUACAGAGCUUCUGCGAUGUCUAUGUGGAAGCUGUAAAACCCAUCCUGAAAGGACCUGGUGCUGCUGAUGCCAAACAAGUACUCUACUGGGGAGCAGAGAAUACCCUUCGCCUUCUUGCCCCAUUUACACCGUACCUGUCAGAAGAGCUGUGGCAACGUUUUCCAGCUGCCCCUUCACAAAGUGCGCCCAGCGUCUGUGUUGCUGAGUACCCAACACCCAGACUCACGGCUCAUUGGAAUUACCCUGAGGAAGUGGAACACUUUGAUUUUGUUCACUCAGUAAUCAGGACGCUGCGCAGAUUGAGGAACGAAUUCAGCCUGACCAAGGCGAGACCGGAAGUCCACAUUAUCUGUUCCCGGGAAGAGGACCUGGCCUCUCUUCAGUCUUUCCUGUCCCCAAUGCGGACGCUGUCACUGUCAGGCCCUCUUCAUAUUCAGCUGUCCAGUAUUAUCUCUCAGGAUGGUGAUGACCGGAUUGGCUGGGCUGCUGAGGAAGUGAUGGAUAACUGCCGGGUUUAUAUGAAUCUUCAGGGAUUGGUUGACCCGCAGUCAGAGCUUGGCAAGCUGCAACCUAAACUGGAGAAGUUAGUGCGUCAGCUUCAAGGCAAGAAUCCGCGUGAGGAGGAAGACAAUGAGGAUAGCUCGGUACACCUGAAAAUCUCCAGACUGCAGCAAACAAUAAGAACUUUGCGGCAGAUGUUGCAGAACUGAAUUAACCCAGAAUGACAUCAUGAAGUCACUGAAUGUAUUGCAAAAGGAUGUG